AUGCCAAGUUUUGCCGACUUGAAUCUCAUCCAGGAUAUUUCACCUGUAGGGGACGAUGAAAAGCAGUAUACAAUGACACGACGUCUCGAUGACGGCACAACGACAUACGACCCGUUUACAGGCGUCCUCCCCGUCCUACCGCCCGAUGCCCAGCUUCCGGACAAGAACCCGCGCAGCAACGCCGCAACCGCAGCAUCGGCCGCUGGCGUGCGCGCCUUGAGCGCCCAGGCCAUCGCAUUUUACUUCCGCGCUCCUGUCAAAGCCUUCUUCCGCACCCGCGUCGACUACCUCGCCUAUGCGCGAAGUGUGCACCAGGCCCAGAUCGAGCUGCUCGCCCAAGCCGCCGCCAAGGAGCCCUCGACUAAGCUGAAGGCGACGCUGAACCAGGCAUGGUUCUAUCUGCGGGGCACCACGCCGGGCGUGCUCACGUCGGCGGUGAAGCAGCACGGCUGGAGCGUGCUCCCGAAUCAAGUCUUGCCGCCGCUCAUCGCAAACGUGGGCGUCGGGGCCGUGCUGUAUACCAGCUACCUCACGAUCCUUGGCAGCCUGCAUGAGGAGAGCGGCAGAGCGACAAAGACUGUCUACCCACCACCGCACCCGACGCAGACCUUCACUGCAGGACUUCUCGCCGGAAGUCUCCAGAGUUUCAUCGCGGCACCGUUAGAUGCCAUCCAGGCACGGUAUGAUCACCGCGACCUCAUGCCAACGGAGGGUGGGAAACCCAGAAGCAUGUGGGCCUUCAGUGCCGAGAAGCUGAGGGAGAUUGGUGUGCGUGGCAUCUUCGCGGGAUGGGGUCUUUCCCUCAUGAAGGACAGUUUCGGCGCAGCCGUAUUCUUCAGCGUUUUCGAAUACGUCAAGGCGCAAGGAUACUACCGCUUCGUCUCGUGGUACUACGGCGGACUCGAAGAGCAUAUUGUUGACUUUAUGGCCCAAAAGCGACCUGCGAAGAAUGGUAAACCGGAAGAUGACAACAAGCAGCCUCUCAUCAUCCGUCCGCACUACGCUAUAGAACCCAUCUUCUUGCUUCUCGGAGGACUCAGCGCAUCCUUUGCCCAACAAGUUGUUCUUCAUCCCUUGACUCACGUGCAAGUGGAGCACUGGGAUCGCCUCGAGGAACUCGACGCCAAGGCAGCGAAAUUGAGGGAAACCAAGGGAGCCGACCCGGCACACCGUAAAGACGGAUGGAGGAUGGCGAGGGCCUACUACCGGGCUUACAAAGAGACCUGGUCAGAAUGCUGCGCAGAGGCCGCAAAGGAAGGGUUGGGCGUGAGAAAAUGGCUAUGGCGCGGUUUCUGGUGGAACACCAUCCGCCAAGUUCCCAGCACAAGCGCUGGAUUGAUCAUUUUUGAACUGGUGCGACGAAAGUACGGUCUCGGCAGCGAAGAGGUUCGCAUCAUGGGAGACGGCUGUGGCUUGCAGGUGGCACGACUCUACACUGGCUGGCUGGUUUGCGGCACCUUCGGAUUCAUCAACAAAAUCGACGAAAUGGCCAACAUUCCAAAAUCAGACAAUGUUGUGCGCGUGAAGCUUGUCGAUACGACAACUGCCAUGGUUGGCGUCGCCGAGUCCUUCGUUCAGCCAGUCGUGAAAGGGCAUGAAGUCAUCAACUUUUGCUCGUUAGCUUUCCUCCUUGAACAUGAGAAACUCGGCAAAAAGGCAAUGUUCGAUCUCGGCGUCCGAAAAGACUACUGGAACCUACCCAAGGGCGCCCAACAAGGAGUGCUGGGGCCAGAUAGCGUGAUCUUUGGCAUGAGCGUACCAAAGGGCAUCGAUGAGGUGUUGGCGGAUGGAGGAGUAGAUCCAAAGUCGAUUGAUUACUGCAUCUGGUCUCACGCCCAUUUUGACCACCGCGGAGAUGUGUCCGUCUUUCCCAAAUCAACAACGCUGGUUACUGGGCCUGGGUACUUCUCGUCCAAAGGAAGACCUGGGGGCAGAGAUGAUCCACAAGCGGCAGCAGAGUUUGAAGGCCGACCGCUCGAGGAAGCCAACUUCGACACAGGUCUGAUGGUGGGCAAGUUCAAAGCCCAAGACUUCUUCGGCGACGGUUCCUUUUACCUUCUUGAGGCUCCGGGCCAUCAGCCAGAGCACAUAUGCGGUCUCGCCCGGACGACGCCGUCUUCGUCCCCCGAGGGAGCCACAUUCGUCUUUCUGGGCGGUGACAUCUGCCAUUUUGCGGGCGUCUUCCGGCCGUCGGAAGAGACCCCGCUCCCAGAUGGGAUUCCCGCUUCGGCCAUUGCAUUGCGCAGAGAUUGGGCGUCCAAAGCCGUGUGCCCAUGCUCUCACUUUACUCCCCACCAUCCUAACGCGUCGGACGAAAAAUCGGCGUCUACCACGCCCUGGUAUGAGCUUCCUCGCGGAGGUAAACACCCCGUCUAUACAGAUAUUGACCUGGCCACCGAGUCGGUUGCAAAGAUGCGUGAGCUGGAUAUCAAGGACAAUGUCAUGGUCUGCAUCGCGCACGACGCAAGUCUGCUGGAUGUGUUGCCGGUCUUCAACAAGCAGCCGGAGAGGGAUAUUAAUGACUGGAAGACUAAUGGAUGGAAGGCGACGACGUACUGGAGUUGGCUGAAUGAGGUGUCGGUAGACGGUAAUACGCCACAUGGGCCGGUGGUGGAAGGCUUUUGGAGGGAUGGCAAGAAGUGGGAUUACGCGGGAUACUUGGAAACUCUCAAGUAA